UCCGAUACGUACCGCCACUCAUGAAACUCAAACCCUUCAUCAGAAGGUUUGAUUACGUCGCAUACCUUUACCACUCAUCGCCAGUACUAAUGACCAGAUUGUCUCAAUCUUUCAAGACAGUAAUCAUUACCUUCUCUUCGUGUCCAGUAUGUCGGACAAGGAACCAAGCCAGACUAUCUCUAUUUUUAGUACGUACGGAGGCGGGGUGGGCCGAGGUCUUGGUCUUCAUCUACCCGACGCGACGGAAAACGGGCUGUGCUUAAUUCAUUGAUGGGUGGACCAUCAACUCAUAAAUGAUUCUCUACAUGAUGUGAUGACUGGGUUAGUCGAUGACUCGAUUAACCAUGUGGAGAUCUACAUUGACGAUUCCAAAUGUUGGAUGAGUUACGCAAGGAAGUGUGUGUAUGUGUGGGGUUGUGGGGUUUCUUGCGUGUUCGGUCGCUUCUUUUUGCUUUUUGUACGGAGUACUCUGGGAAAUUUGUGGUUUUCGUGGGAAUAUGCAAUCGAGUCGGUGUUGGCAUUGAUCAAAAAUUUUGCAAAGAAAUACAUUGCCUUUAAUGUCUCUGCUUGUGUAUGGUGACUGUCCUAG